GAAGAGGAAGCUUGAUCAUCCCCGGCGCAUGAUGUCUGAUGUGCUACAUAAUAGGACAUCAGUAGCACCACCAUUAGAGGAGGCAUCACAUCGGCCACUAUCGGAGGGGCCUUUAGUGGCACCACAGCAUCUACCAUGUACUCAGCCUCCACACCUACCAUCGGUGCGUCCACCAUCAGUGGCACCACAGCAGCUAUCAUCAUCAGCUUAUGAGCCAUCCGCAGACCCUUCGACUUCUUCACAGCCCACCUCAGGUCAUGUUAGUUCUUCAUCAACCUCGACUAGGCGUGGUAGAGGAUGUGCCAAGGGCAUUAAAGAGUGGGGUACUGGUAAAAAGCUAGACAUACAAUUUGAUGGAAAUUACUGCCCAAUAGGGGAUAAUGUGGCUAAGUUAACUACUUAACUUGGCAUUAUUGUGCGGAAUGGUAACAUUGUUCCUCUUACUUUUUUUGACUGGAAUAAUGUGCCUGAUGAUAUUAUUGAUGCUAUCUGGAAGGAUGUGAAGGACAAUUUGAAUAUAUGUCCAGAGGAGUACAAGCCAAUCUGCAUGAAAAACUGCAACAGCAUAUGGAAGGAUCACAAGAACAAGCUUAAGGCUAAGUGUUUCAAGCCUAGAAGUUCUGAUCCUAAUCUGAAGGAUGAUAUUCCUAUGCACAUUGUGCCAAGCCAGUGGAAAGAACUUGUGGAGUAUUGGCGUACUUCCGAUGCUGAGGCAUACAAAUAAGUUAUA